AUGACAUUUAAAUGUCAAACAAAAAUAUUAUCAAUAUUAACUCAACAAUCAUUAACAAUUUAUUUAAUAUUUUCUUUAAAUAUUUUAAUUUUAAACGCUGAUCAACAAUUGCCAGCUCAAGAAAAGGAAAAUAAUAAUAAAGAAAAUAAUUCUCCUGUCCAAACAAAUUGUGUUGAUUCGGAUCCAAAAUGCUCUUUAUGGGCUAGUCAAGGAGAAUGCCAAACUAAUGCUAUUUGGAUGAUGACAAAUUGUCGACAGUCCUGUCAAAGUUGCCAAGGUGGUGAUCGCGCCUGGCAAUUACGAAGUGAAUUAACUAAAAACUAUGAUAAUUCAACUUCUGCAAAUGCUACAAGAAUUGUUUCUGUUGAAAGUGUUAGAAUACAACAUAUGGAAAUUGAUGAAAAUAAAGAACAAGCUAGAGUUUUUGGAAGGCUUGUACUUUCCUGGAAUGACUCCAAAGUUAGCUGGGAUAGAGAAAGUUGGGGUUUGUCUUGGCUAAACUUCUAUUGGGUGCAGGUGUGGACACCACAACUUUUACAAAUUAACGCGUUGCCGCAAACUAUACUGGACAAGUAUUUAUGUGGACUGGCAAACUUCAAUUUUGUCGCUCCAUUCAAUUUUGAAUAUCAAGACUUCCCCAAAGACCGUCAACGUAUUUGUUACCAAUUCGAUGAUAAAAGAUAUUUUGCUGUUAAAUUUAUUGUUUCAGAAGAAGUUCGUAACCGACAGCAUGAGUCUAUUCAAGAUGCUCAUGUUUCUGGUUGGGAUAUUGAACAGCUGGAUAUUUCUGACAGCAAAUAUACAGUGCAAAUAUUGGGUGACUGGCGUCAAAACCCUUUCGAUAUUCAAACCACAAAUUGUGAACUUUGUAUUGAAUUACGGCGCUCAGCAGUUUAUUACUUUACUGAAAUGGUCUGUCCAGCAUUGGUUAGCUCUGUAUUGACACUUUCUUCUGUCCUUUUUCAAUUAGCGUUGGGACAACCAGCAAUGCUUUGUUUUAGUAUUUUGUGCCAAUUAAUGGGAUUACAAUUAUUAAAUGCUCGAUUACCUUCUUAUACUGGAACAAUACCGACAAUAUUAAAAUAUACUUCUUUCAAUCUACUUAUCAGUAGUUUCCUCCUACUCUCAACAAUAAUUUUGCGACGAAUUUCUCAAGCUAAUUCCAACAUCCCUCUCCCACGUUUUAUCUACACACUUAGCAGUCUUUUAGAUAAAUGUAUGCCAUUGCCAAAAGGUGGAAAAGAUUUACUUGAGGAAGACAGCAAUAAUGGAAAUACUCCACUUGGAAAUUAUUCAGAAAUUGCUUUAACUUUAAAUAAUUCAUUAUUUUCUGCAGCAAUAUUUAUUUAUAUUUUGGCUUUCAUUUUCUCCUUUCUUUUAUGA